CCGGUUUUGUCAAAAAUGACAGCAAACGAAGCCCAUAAACAGCUGAGCAACACAGCCACAUUUCCUCAAAGUCUUUAGAUUGCAAUUGUAGAAAAUUUUCGAUAGGUUUUAGUUAUUUUUAUUAAUUAAAAUAUGGCGGCAGAAGGUGUAGUAAUAGAUCCAGCUGAACGUCNCCGUGAAGGAGUCACAUAUCCUUUGGUUGUGCAAUAUUGUGGCAACUGCACAAUGCCACUUGAAUACUGUGAAUAUUACCCGGAAUAUGAGAAAUGCAGAGCUUGGCUAGAAAAGCAUCUUCCUAGUGAAUUUGAACAAAUGAAAAUCAAGGAUGAAGCAGCUGCGGCUGAUGGCACAGAUGAUGAUAAGAAACGACAAAAAAGGGGGGGCAAAGGAAUGAUGAAGAUUAAUAAAAAGAAGGAAGAUGUUCCUAAAAAGAUUACCGUUUCAAGAGCUCCGCGUGGCAAAAAGAAGUCGGUCACAGUAGUUACCGGGCUGAACACUUUCGACAUAGACCUUAAAGUCGCUGCAAAGUUCUUUGGCACAAAAUUUGCUUGUGGAUCAUCUGUUACAGGCGAUGAUGAAAUUGUUAUCCAGGGUGAUGUGAAAGAUGAUCUAUUCGAUGUCAUACCAGAAAAGUGGCCAGAGAUUGAUGAGGAUUACAUCGAUGACUUGGGCGAUCAGAAGCGCUAGAGACGAUGCUUGGACUGCGUCAAAUGCAUUUCCAAUAAAUAAAAAUAACAACAGAAUUUGUAGAAAAAAAUA